AUGUUGUUUAAUGGAGGGUUAAAUAAGCUUGGAGCAAUUUGGAAAGGUGAAUGGCGAGGUCAUAUCGUUACGAGAAGACAUGGUUACAAUUGUGAUGUUAACGAUUUUCUUUCUCUCCAAAAUGAUCUGAAGAAAAAAAAAAGUAGAAUAGUAGAAUUAGAGACGUCGGAUGGUGAGUUAAUUAAGAGCACGACUGAAAGAGGAUCAAUCUAUAUGGUAUUACCUAAGCAGAUGCGCCUUUGCGCAAUCACAUUCGGCGGUGUAACAGAUUUAUGGAAAUGGGAUGAGAUCGUAUUGCCGGUGUUUUCUAAGUCUCGACAUCAUGACGCAUUCUCGACCUCAUGUGCUUUUUGGGAAGCCGCAAUCAUAAAUUACAUCACCUGA